AUGACUCAGGUGCCUGCUGAUUACCUGUCAACCACCAGCUCCUACAACUAUGAGCAGCCCUUUCCCUCUGUGGCUCGGACAAGCACCGUCACCAAGGUACCCCCAGCCAAAAAAAUAACCUUCUUCAAGAGUGGAGAUCCCCAGUUUGCAGGAGUCAAGAUGGCCAUCAACCAGCGAAGCUUCAAGAGCUUCAAUGCACUCAUGGAUGACCUCUCUCAUCGGGUCCCGCUGCCAUUUGGGGUACGGACCAUCACCACCCCACGAGGAAUACAUUGCAUCAGUGAGCUGGACCAGCUGGAGGAUGGAGGAUGCUACCUUUGUUCUGACAAGAAAUAUGUCAAACCCAUUAGCAUUACUUCUGGGGGACUCAGGCCAGGCCCUCCGCGAAGUGGUCGUCCCUCCAGUACCUUGAGAAGAGCAGCUCAGGAGGGCAAGCUUGAAGAUUAUUCCACACCUUUCACUCAGCAUGGCCCCAGAAUACCCAAGAAAAUCACUCUAGUUAAGAAUGGAGAAAGUGGUUUUCGGCGCUCAAUUAUAUUGAACCGCAGAAAUGCCAGGAGUUUCAAAACGCUCCUGGAUGAGAUUUCAGAGAUCCUGCAAUUCCCAGUGAAGAAACUCUACACUGCUGAUGGGAAGAAGAUCGAUAGCAUGCAGGCUCUGCUUCACUGCCCCAGCGUGCUGGUGUGUGUCGGCCGGGAGCCGUUUAAACCUGUAUCGAUGGAGAAUUUGAGGAAACACUCGGUGGAGAAGCUGCCUGACCUGGCUCCCCGUUCCAAUGGCAACAAUGUCAAUGAAAACAAUGAAAAUAACGGCGCACCUUUCUCAAACAGUUGCUCGCAUCCAAAACCUGGGGACCUGGUCCAUUCCUUGGUCAAUGAUGACAUAGAAAAACGUGUACAUGUGAACAAGGAUGGUAGCCUGUCUGUUGAGAUGAAAGUUCGCUUCCGCUUGCUAAAUGAUGAGACUUUGCAAUGGUCUACCCAGAUCAAAAAGUCCAAUCUGAUGAAUCAGAUGCCUUGUGAAGAGUCAGGUGUAGAGGACAGUGGAGUAGACCCCACACAGAAAAUGAACCCAGAAGGCAGCUCUGAGGCAGAUGAGUCAUCAUAUCCCUGUGAUAUUGAUUCUUACAUGUCAAAACUUGAGGAAUCAGAAUGCGAUGAGGCUCAUUGUCAUAGCUGUGGCAAGAAACACCAGGACUAUGACAUUUGGAAAAAUCCCAUGCACAUAUCCCAGAGGGAAGAGCCCAGUGUACGAAGCACCUGGCACACAUGGUCAUCAUGUUCCAGCACAUCUUCCCGGAGGAGAGUAGUCCACAAAAAAAUGGCUUCUAUGGAUAGCCUCCACACCACAUCCAGUGAGGAAUUCUCUGAGCACAUUGUGCAAGAGUCCUCAUCCUACUCAGAGACCAUAGAGAAGAGAGUGGCAGGUCGACCCAUUAAAAAGUGUACAUGUCAAAGUGAUUUGUCUACAGGUGCUUCCAAUGGAGGAGACCAGCAAGAAUACACUCGGACAAGCACGAGCAAUAGUCAUAGACGUUCAUCCUUGGGCUUAAUGUCACAUUCAAGCUGUGAAAACAACCUGGAUACUCAAGAUGCCCCUGAAGACCAUGAGGCCAGCAAAACCAAUUCACAAAAUGAAGAUGAAAAUUGUUUUGAAGUUUCCUCGGUGAAAUGCUUAAAGGAUGAUGUGGAAGAGGUUGAAAGCAGCAGAGUUGGCAGUGUCAUGUCCAGGUCAUCUCUGCAGUCCAGACAGAGCAAGAAGAAUGUAUGUGAGGAAACAAGUAGCAUGGGUAGGAGCAUGUCCUCCUCUAGCCUUCAGAAGGCAAAUCAAGAAGAUAACACUAGGUGCUCCACUCCUGCCAACAGUGUGCAGAGCAAGUCUAGUAACUGUAGUCCACCUAGAGCAAAGAGUGAACAGGAUGACCACUCUGACAACAAUGUAGUGGUCCCUUCCUUUUCCAGUGAGUCUUGCACUAAGAAAGAGGUUGAAGAGGUUGAAGCAGAACAAGAAGAAAAUGAAAACAAUGAAGUCAGCUCAGUGUCAGCAAAAACAAAGCCCAGCCAAUCAAUUAGAGAUGAGAGCAGUGAAGGUGAACGAUGCUCCACACCAGGAACCCCCCAUUCCAGAGCUAGUGACAGGAACAGCAAGAGUUCAGGUGUUGAUGAGAUUGUUCUGUGCAAUGCCUCUUGCUCUUCCAGAGGAUCCAAAAAGAGCAAACACAGCCAUAUUCAUUUGGAUGCACAGUCUGAAAUGUCUGUGUCUUCACUUGAAUCCGCUCCAAAUAAAAAAAAGAAUUCCCUACAUGCAGAUGACCUGAGAUCAUGCAGCAGGGCGUCUAAUUAUUCCAAAAGCUCAUGUGAAAUCAAGAAAAAAUCUAUUGGAGACCCCAUGUCUCAUAACUCAGAUUCUUUUCACUCAAACAUUUCAUCUACUAGUGAAGCAGGGGCAAUUGCAGGUUUUACUGAUGAGAAAAGCUUGAAAAGUACCACCAAUGGCUACAGUGAAUCCUCAAAAGGCUCAAAGAAGAGAAGCCGUAGAGAAGAAAAUAGCAUGCCAUCAUCCCUCUGCUCAAGUGUUUCGAGCCCUAAUGGAAAACCUGGAGAGGGUCAUUCCAAGAUGAAUUCAGAGGCCACUUCAAGACAAGGAAGUAUGAGUGAGAGUAUAUGUUCAAAAGGUGACCUCUCAGCUGAGAUUGCCAUUGGGAAUGGAAAUCCUGCAAGCAUCUCUUCAAGAGUCUCUUCAAAGUCAGAAGUAAAAGAGAAAUGCUUAUUGACACAGAUAUCCCAGGAAAGUGAUAGUAGGUGUUCACAAUCAAACAUAUCUCAGUCUUCAAAAUCGAGGCAGGUAAAAACUAGAAAUCUUUGUGUGAAGAUGUCAAACUCUAGCCGAGCAUCAUUGUCUGACACUUUGUCGGUAUGUAGCAUGCAUUGCCCUGCCCCACCAAAAGGGAAGCCAAGCAGCAAAAAAAUACGGUCAACCAUGUUGAAGAAUUCCUCCAUUAGCAGCAUAGGUACUGAGUCAGUGCUGACUACAGGAAAAGAGCAGAAAGAAAUUAUAAAUUCCUCCAAAGCAACUUCCUAUGGGUCUAAAUCAGCUGCAACUGAAGUAAAUGAUCAGGAGAAUAAAGAGACUGAUGACUCUUGCAACAGAAAAGUGGAGGAAGAGCUAGAAGACAUGGGCAUGCAGGAGGAAGGGAGUGAUUUAAUGCCAUCUACCCUACCAAAUACAUCUCCAGAAGAAGUUGUGCAAGAAUGGUUAAGUAAAAUCCCUUCAGAAACAUUGCUUAUAAAAUAUGAAAUGGAGCAUGAUGCAGAAGAGGAAUGUGUACAAGCAACCAUUGAGGUACCACACAGUCCAAAUGCUGAGGAAAUCUCAGAGGAUGAAAAAGUUGAGAAAAAUAAUGUGGAGGAGGCUGAAAAUGAGGCAAAGGAUGAAAUGGGAAAACAGACAGCAGAAGGAACUGCUAUUAAUGAAGAUGAUGAAGAAUCAGUCAAUCGGGAACAAAUCUCUCAGGUUGUGUCCGAAGCUGCCAAGGCCGACCAGGCAGAAUGCAGCCAGUCAGUUGCAUCUAGCCAAAAUAAUGACAGAAGAGACCUGCCAACCUCUGUCCAGAAUUCUGUGCAGAUCAUGAAGGCCUUGCUCAGUUCAAAACAUGAAACAAAAUUUGAUCGAUCAAACAGUUUGCCUGAAGUGUCUCCCACUAUGGGGAGAAAACUGAGUAACUCUGCCAACAUUUUGAUUACUUGUCUUGCCAGCCUCCAGCUCCUUGAUGAAGAGUCAGAAGAUCCAUCAGAUAAAUCAAAGACUUUGAAUAAGUCAAGGUAUAUGGAACUGCUAAAUAUUUUUCAAACCCUGUGGCUUGGGUGCACAGCUGAAAAAAGUGGCCCAAGUUCAGGUCAAGAGGCAAGUGAGCAGGCAGAGGCAGCUUCUGGGUUUAAAGCCCAAAAAUCUGGAGAUUAUGACUUCACUCCCAUGUCUUCUUCUGGGGUUGAUGUUAGCAGUGGUUCUGGUGGCUCAGGAGAAGAGAGUACAGCUGGUGCCAGGAACUGCACUUUAAUGGCACAGAAAGCUGCUGAAAUCAAAUCAGCUGGACAGCUGGAAAAUGUAGAGACUGGAACGGAACUGACUGAGGCUGAGGAGCAAAGUAAAGAGGAAGAGCAUUCACCCCGACCUUCGACAGCCUGCUCAAAAUCAAAAGAACUGAAAGAUGAUUUGGAAGAGCAGCUUGAAAAACAGUCUCCAGACGACCUAGAGCCCAAAGUCGAUAUGGCCACCAGUGUGGGCACAUCCCUUGUCCAGCAACACUCAGUGGAUCCGGAUCCAAUCUGGGUCCUGAGACUGCUCAAGAAAAUUGAGAAGGAGUUCAUGGCUCACUAUGUCAGUGCCAUGAAUGAGUUCAAAGUCAGGUGGAACUUGCAGAACAACCAGGAGAUGGAUGAAAUGAUACUAGAGCUGAAGGAGGAAGUGAGUAAAAGGAUACAGAAAAGCAUAGAGAAGGAGCUGAGGAAGAUCAAAGCCAGAGCAGGGAAGACGACACCAAGACCUCCAGAUGAACCACUCAAGCGUGAGUCAACACUCCAAACUGAGCAGAGGAGACGGCGAUUGCAGACUAUGCAUAAAAAAUCACUCUUCAGUGACAAGAGUGGAACCCAGAAUAUGCUAGAGGAUGCAUCAGUCUUAUCAUUUGAUGUAGAUGAAGAUACAGCAUUUAGUGAAGCUCUUGAGGCCAGUAUUAGUAACCAAACAAGUGAGGAGGAAUACUGCCCAUGUGACUCUUGUGUGAGGAAAAAAAUGGCUUCCAAGCCCACAAGAAACCCAGUGGUGGCCACCAAUGCCCCAGUCAUGACAGCAUUUGAUUUACAGCAAAUCCUGAGGUUGAAGAAAAAUGAUAAUGAGGAAGCCUGUGUCUCAGAAGCAGCCCAGGACAUCAAAAUGGUUCCCAGCAGUUCUGUGAAAGAAGCAGCAGAAAAUGGCAAUCCAAAAGAGGACAAUGAUGAAGGUGAACUUCAGCCAAGUGAAACAGAAAUGGAGGGCAAUGAAGAAAAGGAGCCAGAAUUAAGUGAAGAGGAAGAGGAAGUGAAGAAGGAGGAAGAAGAAACAAAAGACAUGGAAUUGAAGGAUGAGGAAGAAACA